UGCCAUUUUGAGAUUCAGUUUGACAACAGUCGUCGAUAUUUAUUUACAGGCAGCAGCCGCAAUAUCACGUGAAAAAUGCCGAUUUAUAAAGUGUGGAUGCAAAAUACAAGUUCUAAAUACAUAAUCACUACAUUUCAUGUUCCGUAUUGCUGAUUUUACUGUGAGGUGGAGAAAAAUGAUGAAUAAAUUUACAUGUGAAACGGCUUCGAUUUCUUUGUUGCAUGUUUCUAGCGUUAAAUCGCACCUAUUGUCAACAAUGAAAGGUUCCAACGUUGCAUCUACUCUAGACGAGAGCUACGAGAAUGCAAUUUCUUCAUUAAACUCAUUACAAUCCAACUCCAGCGUUCUUCAAGAUUCAAUUCUUCGAAAACAUAGUGAAGACAAUAAGCAUAUAAACGACACGCUCAAGUAUUUGUUGCGUAUUGGUGUUUCCAUGGAUCAUUUGAACCAACUUCCUGUGAUACACGUGUCUGGAACAAAGGGAAAGGGAUCUACUUGUGCUAUGAUAGAAUCAAUUUUGAGGUCAAAUGGUUAUCGUACCGGAUUUUUUAGUUCGCCGCAUCUAGUUUCGGUUAAAGAACGUGUUCGACUUAACGGAAUGCCUCUAUCGAGUGAUAAAUUUCGUUUAUAUUUUUGGAAAAUUUAUAAACAAUUACUUGCAUAUCGAGAGCAUAGCAGAGAUAUGCCGUCAUAUUUUUGUUUCUUGACAAUUUUGGCCUUGGAUGUGUUUCUACGAGAAAGUGUUGAUGUAUGCGUCAUUGAGGUGGGCAUCGGAGGUAGAUAUGACUGUACGAAUGUUUUACCUAAAACUGGUACCGUAGGUAUAACUUCGCUUGGUUUGGAGCACACAAAACUGCUGGGCAAUACAUUAGAAGAAAUUGCAUGGCAGAAAGCUGGUAUAAUAAAACGUGGCUCUGAUGUGUUUUCAGUUGUUCAACCCUCUGAGUGUAUGGAAAUUAUAAGGGAAGAAUGUCGUAAGUUAAAGGCAAAUCUGUUCGUCGUACCAUCAGAAUUAAAAGCAUACCAGUGGGCUAAGAAACCAGAAUUGGUUAACGAAUCGUGUGAUAUCCUUGAUAUUCUUGAAUUGAACACCUCAUUAGCUAUUCAGAUAGCUACAAAUUGGAUGAACAAGAAUAUUUCCGAAAUAUCACAAGAAAACAUAACAUCAAUUGUUACAAAACAAACAGUGGAAGGCAUUGACCGCUGUUUCUGGCCGGGAAGGUUGCAGAGGAUACUGUAUGAUACAAAAAAGACACUUUAUCUCGAUGGAGCUCAUACCUUAGAAAGCAUACAUUUAUGUGCCCGAUGGUAUAAUAUGAAAUCCCAUAGCCAAUACAAACGACUUCUGAUUUUUAAUACCACAGGAGACAGAGACUCAGCAAAGCUACUUUCUACUCUUUCGUCUAUGAUCAAAUUCGACGCUGCAUUUUUUACUCCUAGUGUUCCUCGCGAUACAGUGACGUGCGUAGAUGCUAUGAAUCAUAAUUUUCCAUUCGAGCUUCAAUUACAGCGGUGCAGGCAAAAUUAUGAAUAUUGGAGUCAGACAAUUCAACAUAAAGAGGGUUUCCUACAUGAAUCAAUUGAAUCUGUUUUCAAGCAAAUCGAUGAAGACUUUGUAUUUAAAGGUGAAACCUGCGAUAUUUUAAUUACUGGUUCGAUUCAUUUGAUAGGAGCCGCAUUCGUAGCUCUAAAUUUAGAGAGAUUUAUGUGUACAUCUACUACGCAAUGAAACUCUUGUGGUAACGAAUGAAAUCAAACAAUCGUUAGAUACUAAAUUAAGCAAGAAAUAAUCAUCCGAUUUCAGUGAAUAACAUGAUUUCUGCACAAAAGAAGGGAAAAAUCGAGAAAUGCAGUAACACAACAAUCAUCGGACGCCCCAGCAUCCUUGCCCAAAUAAAGGCCUUAUUAGACAGAGGAAAAUACUGUCAUUUCUCGAUCGGCAUGUAUCUGUCAAAAUUAGACUUAGGCACGAAAAGACCUCUCGAACGUCUAAUAAGGCAGGAUAAUUUUUCUGUCACCUUUCACAUUAAA